GAGAAAGACCGAGCAGUUGGCAUGUGGUGCUGAGAAAGCGGGCAUAAUCACUGGGACAUAGUCAAACUUAUUUUGGGCACCAGUCGUCGACACCAUGCAGGCCAUCGUGGAUACCAUUCUGGGGAAUGCAAAAGAGGCUUUGAAGACGGUGUCGCGUGAGGCGUUCAACAACACGAUCAAGUGGAUCAACGGCGUGUCUGCGGUGGUCGUAAGCAUCAUCCCGGGGGCGGGGGACGGCUCCACAUGGAGCAGCUUCACGCAUCCCACCAUGCCCAGAUGGAUGGAAACCGGGGUUUCCGACUUCAAUCGCAUGGUCAGCGAGUUCACCCACUCUGACCAAAACCUCCUGUCCGAAUCCGGAUCCGAGUCGGGUUCGGACGAUGACAGCACCGCCUCCUUCUUUUCCCACCAUCACUCCCGCAACGGACUCUUCCGCCGAUCCCGCCGAUUCAUUUCGGGAAUGUUUGGGCGAAGCCCACAUUCCCGUCGAGAGAACGGACACUCGAAUCCGCUGUCUCCGAUAGCAUCAGAGCAGGGGUCAACGCAUCCAAGUAGGAGGAACUCCGCAGCUGGGGGCAGUUUGCCCAAGAGCGGGAGUGAGAACAGUUUGUCGCGGCGAAUGAGCGAUGUGUGGCAUUCGGCAUUCCCGUUCAGUGAGCGGAACCGAUCGGCGCAGAAGGGGCUCCUGGAGGAGCUACAAUUCCAACUAGAACGCGCCAUCGACUGGGGCUUCGAGCUGGUACGGGGCGCCACAUACUACGUUCUCUCCCCUUCCGAAGGGCUGCGCUUCAUCUUUUGGCGGAUACAGGGGCUGGGCCGCACGCAGAGCGCGUCGCAAACUGCGCGCGAGGAAGAGCAUAAGGUCACGACGGUGGAGCAGAUCAUCACGGACGCCGGGUAUCCGUACGAGGCGCACCGGGUGGUCACGGAGGAUGGGUACAUCCUACGGCUGGAGCGGAUACCCAGGAAGGAGUCUCGGCGGGCGGUGAUUCUGCAGCACGGCCUACUGGACAGCUCGCUCGGCUGGGUGGCCAACGGGGUGGUGGGCUCGCAGGCGUUUGCAGCGUACGACCAAGGGUACGACGUCUGGCUGGGCAACUUCCGCGGCUACACGUCACGAGAGCACGUCAAUCCAAACAUCUCGAAACGCGAUUACUGGGACUACACUGUCCUGGAGCACAGCCAGUACGACGUGGGCGGCAUGAUCCAGCGCAUCGACGACGUCAAGACCGCAGAACUGCCCCCCAUCUCCCCCCGCUCUAGUUACCACUCCGCCACAACUCAGCCCUCCACUCCAAACGCUCUAGAAGACCUUCCCGAACCCAGCCCGCACUCGCUCCACGGCAUCAACGUUUCCUUCGGUGAAGAAGAUGCUGCUCUUCAAACGCAACCUCACCCAAUCCCUGAUCACUUGAUUCCCGACGCGGCUUCCGAGGGUUCUCGAAAAGACGUGCUUUCUUCACCGGGGGGCUCUAGACGGUCGUCGCUCGACCUUCACCCCGCCCUGCCCGGGAAAUCCGGAAGAGGGGCCGAGAGCGAAGCGGAAGCGAACGGGCGGCACACGCGGGACCCGUCCCGGGUUUCGUCGUACGCGGAUGCGGACGACGGCGCGUUUUCGGACAUCGAGGAGGAGAUUCCGCCGUACACGCUGUCCGGAAUCGCCCACAGCCUGGGCGGAAUGGCGCUCAUCGUCUACGUCAUCCUCAGGCGGAUUGAAGGGAAGCCCCACCGGCUGGCCCGCUUGAUUCUGCUCUCCCCCGCGGGCUACCACGAGAAGACGCCGUUCCUGCUCGACAUCCUUCAGUGGUUCGCCCCUGCGGUCACCCCCUUCAUGAUGCGCUUCUGCCCCGGCUUCUACAUCCCCACGCGCUUGCUGCGCCACGUCUUUGGCAAGCUCGUCCAAGACUUCCAGUCGCUGCCCGCGCUGCGCGCCCUUGCGCAGGUUCUGAUCCGGACGUUCAUCCUGGGGGGCGACGACAGCAAUUGGAUUGACGCGCUGGAGCUGCCUCACUACAGCGCCCAGAACAUGCCCGGCAUUGCCUUCAUGGUCGCCAGCCAUCUGCGCCAGUGCAAAUGGUAUAAGCGGUUCCAGCUGUUCGACUACGGGCGUGCUAAAAACCUGCGGCGGUACGGUACGGCAGCGCCGCUCAACAUCGGCGCGCACUACAACCUGAUUGACAUCCCGGUGGAUCUGGUGGUGGGGACCAAGGACGGGCUCAUCCCGGCGGAGAUGAUUUACAAGCACUACAACAACAUGCGCCGCAACGGCGUCGAGGUGUCGAUCAAGGAGUUCGCUUUCGCGCACCUGGACUUCACGUUUGAGAACAAGCAGGAGCUGAUGUCAUACGUCAUGUCGCGCCUCGCGCUCGGCUCCAGCGCGGAGGCGCACACGCCCGCCGCGCGCCUGCGCUCGAUCGUGCAGGGCGAACGCGUCGCGGAGCGCAUCGCGAGUGCGCGGCUGGAAGACAAGGCCUCUGUGACCGGGGCCCGUUCCGAGCGGCGCAUCUCUCAGACGUCCUCCAUAUUGUCGAGCGAACUGGACGACUUUUUCUCAGAGGGGCGGCGAGACCGGCCGGCCAACGGCCACGUGUCCACGAACGGUGACGUCAGCAACGGGCGGCGGUGCGUCAGCCUGGGGGGUGCGGGGACGAGAAUCGAAUUGGAUGGCGGGUCGGGGGCGAGACGGGCGCCCGGUGAACCGAGGAGGAGCAGCGACGGGGGGGCGGUUCUGAGGGAGCAACGGAAGGAGCUGAAACAGUCGAAAAGUAAAAAGGAGCGGAAGAAGAAAGAGUACGAAGCGCUGUCGUUUGAGCAGCUGAUGGCGGCGUCGGAUGAGGAGAUGGAGGGGGUCGUGCAAGUGGAUGCCGAACGGAUGCUGAGGGAACUAUUGGGGCAUCGAGACGGGGGGGAGGAGCGGAGGGACGACGGGCGACCACUAAGCUGGCCGGACCAAGGGGCCAGGUCGCCGAGCAAGGGCGGCGCGGUGCGACGGGCGAGUCGGCAGAGCACGUAA